AUGCGGCAGCGGGCGCAGAAGCGGCCACGGCAGAGUGAUGAGGGUAAUAUUCUGCCUGUGCAUAAAGGCAGCGGCGGUGGGUUCACCGUGCGGCGUCCGCCGCUGACUAGUAGUGUUGCCGCAACUGCCCCUGCUGGGGAUGGUGCGACCGUUACUUUUUCGCCUGCGCCGACGACGGCGAUGGAUUUGCUCUGGCAGCGAAAAACGGCGGUGGUGCAGCGGCAACUCCUCCAGCUUGCCAAUCUCUACGCACAAAAGUCGCAGGAAAACGAGACAGUGUUGGACGCCAUUGAAAGGAUGGUAGCCUCACAUGAACUGGAGCUUGCGGCCGUGGCCGCAGAGAGUGAGUCGCACAGGCGGAAGCAUCUUGAGCUGCUUGCGGAGCUGCAUCGAAGAGAAGAUGCAACGCUUGCAGAGAAGCAACGGGCGAUGGAUGAGAUUACAAUGCUGCAAACUCGUCAUGUUCAAUUAGAGCAGGCACGCGAACGCCUGCAAGAGGACAUUGUGGUGCAGUCUGAUGCGUUGGAGCAGUUGCAGAAGACGCUGGAGACGCAACGGCUAGUGACAGAAGAGGAACAGAGAAAACUGAAUGACGUGCUUGAGAGAGAGCGGGUUAUGCAAGAUGUCGCCUACGGCCUCUCUGGAGAGGUGCGGGAGAUGGUGGUGGAGCUGGAGCAGAUACGCAAGUUGAGGGAGGCAGCUGAGCGCGCGUCAAAGGAAACGGAGAUACUCCGACGACAGUUGUACUCCCAGUGUGAAGAGCUGAAGGGGACCAUUCGCGUGUACUGUCGCGUCAAGGGCGACGGUAACAGUAGCAAUAAUGAGGCUUUCCCGGCCUUUGAGAACUGUCGCGAGGUCUCCGUUUCUUCACGCAGCACAAUCAGCCUGUCGACGGAGGGGCUGCAUAAUCCUGUUGUGGCAGUGGGAAGAGGAGCUGAGGUAAAGAGACAAAAACUACAGGGAGGACAAGCAAAGACGCUGCACAGUCGCUUCCUCUUUCCGCAGGCCGGCGAAGAGGUUCAACAGACGCUGUGCCUGUGUCAAUCACGGAACAACGCGACCUCCACAGGAACGCAGGAGGCCAAGGAGACGUUUACCUUUGACCGCGUCUUUGAUGGUAGCGCCACACAAGCGGCCGUCUACGCUGAUGUGGAGCCGCUUGUAAACUGCGCCGUUGAUGGCUACCGUGUCUGCAUCUUUGCGUACGGCCAGACGGGGUCUGGUAAGACCUACAGCAUGGAGGGAGAGGUGUUGAGUGAAGAGAGGUGUGGAAUCACCCCUCGCGCGCUCCGCACCAUAUUCCGACGCCAGGACGAGUUGAAGUCCGAUGGCUGGAAGUACAAUCUCAGCUGUUACUUUAUAGAAAUAUACAACGAUGUCAUUCGCGACCUUCAGCAGGAGCCGUCGCUGUACGAACCCGGCGGGGCGGCCGCCUCUCAAGCGAACUAUCACGUUAUCAAGCACCAGAACGAAUCUGGGUCGACCAGUGUCACCAACGUUGUGGAGCGGCGCAUCCGCUCCCUCGAGGAGUUUCAGCGCCAUUACAAGGCUGCCAUGAAGAAUCGUAGCACCUCUAAAACGCUCUUGAACGAUCACUCCUCGCGUUCGCACUGCAUAUUUGUCCUGCGGAUUGAGGGGGAAAACGCCCUCCUGCGGCAACGUAGUGAGGGGACGCUCUGCCUGGUGGACUUGGCGGGUAGCGAGCGCAUGAAUGAGUCGGGGACAGGGCAGGGACAGCAGAUUAAGGAGACCAUCAACAUCAACCGCAGCUUGCUGGACCUUGGGAAAUGCAUCCGUGCUCUUAACAACUCUGGUAGCGUCGCACCGUGGCGCAACUGCAAGUUGACCUACCUGCUGCAGAAUUACCUGGGGGCAAAGGGUGGGAAGAUGCUGAUGUUGGUCACCGUCUCAGACAAGGAGGAAUACAUGGCGGAAAGUCUGAAUUCGCUCCGCUUUGCGAGUCGCGUUAACCAAACCGUCGUUGGCCCCUCCAUGAAGCGUGUAAAGAACUACUGA